AUGGUGGACGAUAAGUACAUAGGGCUUGCGUUAGCAAUGUCGUCGUCUUUGGCCAUCGGAGUCUCAUUCAUCAUCACAAAGAAAGGGUUGAUGGACACGUCGUCCAAAUCGGGCACAGAUAACUCUUCUGGUUACCAGUACCUACAGAAUCCCAUAUGGUGGGCAGGCAUAGCCACGAUGGCGAUCGGGGAAGUGGCCAACUUUGCCGCGUAUACGUUCGCUCCGGCCAUCUUGGUCACGCCGUUGGGCGCUCUUUCGGUGAUUAUCGGCGCCGUGCUAGCGUCGCUUUUUUUGAAGGAAGAACUUGGGGUGUUGGGCAAGAUGGGAUGUGCCAUUUGCUUGAUGGGCUCGGUGAUCAUUGUUCUCCACGCGCCUCCCGAUAAGGAGAUCGAAACGGUCGACGAGAUUUUGCAUUAUGCCACGCGGCCUGGAUUCCUCUUUUACGCCGCUUUGGUCACGGCGUAUGCGUUGUUCAUGAUUUACAAAAUCGUGCCUAAGCACGGCCAUACAAACCCCAUGAUUUACAUUUCCAUCUGCCUGAGUGUCGGCUCGAUCUCGGUCAUGUCUAUUAAAGCGUUUGGAAUUGCAUUGAAGUUGACUUUUGCCGGAAACAAUCAGUUCACCCAUGCCUCCACAUACGUGUUCAUUUUGGUUGUUGUCGUUUGCAUUCUCACACAAAUGAACUACUUCAACAAAGCGUUGGACCAGUUCGACACUUCGAUUGUUAACCCUCUUUAUUACGUGACUUUCACCACAUUCACCUUGGUGGCUUCUUUCAUUCUUUUCCGCGGCUUCAACACUGCGUCUCCGGUCAAUGUGAUUUCAUUAUUGAUUGGCUUUCUCAUCAUCUUCUCUGGCGUUUACUUGCUCAACAUUUCGAGAAAAGAAAACGAAGGAAGAUCCCGUGAGCUUUUCGGUGUUCACAACGGGAAAGACAUGGCUCCUUUGGACAAUGGUGUGGCAGGAUUCUCCAUGAGAAGAUCCAUGCAGCUUGGACGUGGGGACUACAACACAGAGGAAACAGUAGGCUUGCGUCGUUUUGACUCUUUUGAAUUGUCUGACGACGAAGGCUACAGAUGA